AUGGGUAAAGGAGAUGCAUUAACACCUAAACAAAUAGCAAAUAAAAUAAAAGCAAAAGGUUUACAAAGAUUAAGAUGGUAUUGUCAAUUAUGUGAAAAACAAUGUCGUGAUGAAAAUGGUUUUAAGUGUCAUAUAUCAUCAGAAUCUCAUAUGAGACAAAUGGAAGUAUUUUCAAAUAAAUCUAGUUUUAUAGUAUCACAAUAUAGUAAAGAAUUUGAAGAAGAUUUUUUAAGAAUUAUGUCAAGACAAUUUAUAAAUUCUAGGGUACCAGCAAAUCAAGUUUAUGCAGAAUAUAUUAAAGAUAGACAUCAUAUUCAUAUGAAUGCAACUGAAUGGACAAGUUUAACUGAAUUUGUUAAAUAUUUAGGUAAAACAUCAAAGUGUGAAGUUGAAGAAACUCCAAAAGGUUGGUUCAUUAGAUAUAUCAAUAGAGAUCCUGAAUAUGUAAUGAGAAAGGUAUCUGAAGAGAAAAAAGAAAAAGCAGAAUUAAAUGAAGAAGAAAGGCAAAGAUUACAAAUUGAAAAACAAAUUAAAGAAUUAAAUAAAAAUAAAAUUGAACAAGAUGAAAUUAAACCAACUGAAUUAUCAAAAGAAGAUUUAGAGAAAAUGUCUUUAUUAGAACUCAAUAUUAAAUCAACAACCAAUACUACUACUACAACAACCAAUACUACUACUACUACAACUAAUAAAAAUAUAUUUGAUAAAUUAAAAACUAAUGAUAAUAAUAGUAGUAACAACAAUUAUAAUGACCAAACAAAUCCAAAACCAUAUGCAAAGAAAAUGUCAGCAAUUGAAGAGAUUAUGUUUAAAGAAAAAGAAAAAGAAAGACAACAAAAAGAAAAAUUAGAAUUUGAAAAACAACAACAACAACAACAACAACAACAACAACAACAACAACAACAACAACAACAACAACAACAACAACAACAACAACAACAACAACAACAACAACAACAACAACAGCAAUUAAAUAGUAAUAAUAAUAAUAAUGAAGAAAAACCAUGGAUUAUAAAAGAUAUUGUAAUUAAAAUUAUAGAUAAAGAAUUAGCAAAUGGUAAAUAUUUUAAACAAAAAGGUUAUAUUGUUUCAGUGGAAAAUGAAUUUUUAGCAAAAGUAAAACUAUUGGAUUCUGGUGAUAUUUUAAAGAUUGAUCAAACCUUUUUAGAAACUGUUAUACCUCAAAUUGGUAGUACAGUUAUAAUUGUAAAUGGAAAAUAUAGAGGAAAAGAAGCAACAAUUAAAAAUGUAAAUUUCGAUGAUUUUAAUGCAAAACUUUAUAUAAAAGAUAAUGAUAUAACAAUAACAUUACCAUAUGAAAGUUUUAGUAAACAAUAUUAA